GAUAUUCUUGCUGUUCCUAUUUCCAUUGUUGCUUCUGAGUCGGCAUUCAGCACAGGAGGUCGAGUUUUAGAUUCGUUUAGGACCUCCUUAUCCCCUGAAGUUGUGGAGGCGUUGAUUUGUUGUGAAGAUUGGAUAAGAUCUUCAGACUCCGAGUUGGUGGCUGAUGGAGAAGAUGAGGGUGAUGAAGUGGUAUUUCAAAAUGUAUAUGUAGCUUUUCAAGCUCGGAGUGCAAGUGCACCUGCAGGACCUAGUGGAAGCUCUCGUGCAGGACCCAGUGGAAGCUCUCUUGCUACCCAUGUUUUGGUCUCGAGUCCUACUAUGUCACAAGUGGAAGAAGACUAUGUCGACAACAAUUCCGAUGAGAAUGAUGAGACUUUUGUAGAUGUAGAGCCUGAUGAGGAGUGAUAAUGGUAGUAGUAUUUAUCUUGUAUGGUGGAUGAAUUUUUAUUUUACUUGGAUGUUAUCAUUUGAGAAUUGUAAAACUAAUGUGUUUAAUUACGAGUUGAAGAUAAUCUCAUCUAUGAUUGUCGUAUUUUAUGUUGAACAAAAUUAUUUAUAAUUUUGCGCCAAACACCAAACAUUUUUUUGCAUAUGAUAGU